UCCUUGCCAAGAAAAAACUCAAGCUCUAUGGGACCUUAUGAGGGGAGUUGGGGGGAAGAAAUGGUCGGACGUGAUAUGCGUCCAAGAGACUCACUUAAUGGAUCAGCCGGAGCACCACAGGGCACAAAAGCAGGCUACGGCUAUGGAGGUGGUUUGCGGCCACGUGUUGAGAUUCUUGAGGUUACGAUUGCCGGGAUCAAGGCACACCAGGAUGCUGAGAUUGCAAAAGAAAAGAGCAAAAGAGAAGAAGAAGAACGAAUUAAGAAAGAAAAAGAAGAGGAGGAGCGUAGGUUGCAAGAGAAGAAGGCACGAGAAGAAUUUCAGGCGGAGAUGAGAAAUGAACUAAGUGGGAAUUUGGAUUCCGUUCGCGAAUUGUUGGAGAGCAAGAAAGGAGAUAAAGACGAUGAGGUUACGAAGAUGCGCCUGGAGAUUGAGAACUUACGGAAGACUUUGCGCGAGGGUAACGGGGCGUCGUCUUCAGAAAGUGUUUUUGAUCGAUAUAAGCGUGAGUUAGAGGAAGAAAGGGCGAAGUCCGACCGACGGCUCGCCGCCAUGGAGGAUGAGAUUGCGAGGUUGCGGGUGGUGAACGAUAAAGUGGUCGCUGCGGCGGAUGUCUGGAAGCAAGAAGCGCUCCGACCAGGCAAUAAGCGAGGGAGCGUGGUGGUCACUGCUACUCCCGUCCCCGGGACGAGGACUCGCGCCCGGACAACUCCGUUUCCGUCACCAUCCGCAGAAGACUUGAAGUUGAAGGAGAAUGUCGAACACUAGGAGCGGGAAAUUGAGCUACUAAAAGAGUGGCGGCUAUGUGAACUGAACGGGCGAAGGGAGGCGAAACAGCAAGUUGAAC